AUGUACCGAGACCGAUGGCUGAAACUGGAGUGUGAUGGCAUCAAGACUGCAGAAAAGGUGCCGAGAGACCCCGUGGACAAAGAGAAGACUGAGAAUACCUUCAAAGUGACGGUCAACCUGUUUCGGAUAAAUUGGAAGGCAAGCAUCCAUCAGUACCACUAUGACCUUCCCGAUACGAACACUACGCUAGAGCGCGAGCGAAAGCUGCUUGAGAAGGGAUGGGCUCUCUUCAAGCGGGAACUGGGCACAUUUGUGAUUUUGUGGCCCGGUCGGGUGUUUUCUCCCACUUCCGUAAAGGAUUUCAAGAUUGUGGUCGAGGAUGGCCAGGGGAGCGUGGAAAUAAAGGUUAGCCACGUGCGUGAGAUCACGGCAGCGGAGAUAAACUCUGGCAGCAUGGGUUCAGCCUCCGUGGUUGGGCAGUACAUUGCAAGCCAACUAGCUUCUCCACUGCGGAGCCAGCGAGUUGGCAAGCGCUUCUACGAGGACUACUGCCCGCAUGUAAUGGGACAUCAGGUCAUCAGCGGCUUUUGUAUAAACUGGGCAAGCAGAUUUUUGCCCUGGCUUGGUGUCGCAGAACCUCUUUUGCAGGUGGAUGUCAUGUACAGGCCGGCCAGCUCCAAGAGCAUCGUGGAGGUUCUGAAAUCCAACCUGGAAGGUACAGACAUCUUCCAGCAAGUGCCGCAAAUAAAGGCCGAGUGGCUGCGCCUCUGCGUGUCCUCAACGGUCGUCACAUCAUACAACUUUCGUGUCUAUCGCAUCAAAAAAGUGCACUUUGACAUGAGGCCCUCGAGCAUUCUGAAAAUGCGCGAGAAGGGCAACACGGAGAAGGUUGAGACCACCUUCGCACAGUAUUUGGAGACCUUCUACGGAAAAUCCGUGACCUUCAAGAACCAGCCGCUCUUGGAAGCUCACCCGGAGAAGUCCGACGAGAAGGUCUAUCUGCUGCCAGAGUUUUGCUGCCCCACAGGUGUGACCGCCGAGAUGCGAAAGGAGAAGAGCACAAUCACGGAGGUCCUUAAGCAGAUCAAGGUGUCCCCACAGGAGAGGCACAACGCUAUAGUGAACCAAGCAAAAAAAAUGCGGAACCAGAAGGCAGCUCAGGAUACGCUGAAGGCUUGGGGCUGUGAACUAGGCUCGCCAAGAGAGGUGACAGCUCGCCAGCUGGAAACUCUGCAGGUUGCUUUUUCAGACAAGAAGAUUUACAGCAUCGAGGAGGGCAGCUUCGCUCGGUCGCUGCGGAAUGGAUUGCAGUGUGCUGCGGAAAUCAACGAUUGGCUGCUGCUUUAUCCUCAAACGGAUGAGCCUGUCUUGGAUGUUUGGCUGCGUUCGCUGCAAGAUGCCUCGAAGGUUGCCUUCGGGAUUCGUCUGGCAGAUCCACAGAAGGUCUGCUGCAACGAGCAGCAUUUGGACCUGUCAGACACCAUGGAGAAGCACAUGAGAGCGGACACCCAGUUGGUGCUGCUGCUCAUCCCCAACACGGAUGUUCGGAAGGUGUACACCCUCUUCAAGCAGCUGACUACUGACACGUACAGCUGCAUUUCACAGGUGGUGCGUAGCGAGACGAUCCGGAAGCGCCAGUCCGUGGGUUCGAUCCUCCACAAGGUGGCUCAGCAAAUCAACGCGAAGUUCUGCGGGCCGCUUUGGCACAUCAUUCCCAAGGAACCGGAAGACGCACUGCUCUUGGACUUAAAGUCCAGGGGCUCUUACAUGGUCGUCGGCAUUGACGUGUACCUCACCACCGAGGGCGAACGCUGGCUGGGAAUCUCUGCAACUUUGGACAAGGUCUUUUCUCAGUACUAUUCCAUGGCUGCCGAGAUGAAGACAGGACAAGGGGAGGACUGGCGGACCAGCUUGUCAGUGGAGCUGCAGCGUCUCUUCCGCGAUGCUCUCCUUUGCUUCGCUGACUGCAAUGAAGGUGUCCUGCCUGAGACUAUCAUCGUGUACCGUGCUUUGGUGAACGAAGAGGACUGGCCAUGGGUGGAGGCAAGUGAGGUGAAAGCUUUGCAGCGCAUCUUGGGCCUGGCUGCAAAUCACUGCGAGGGCUACUCGCCAGCGAUCACCUUCAUCGCCAUUUCCAGGAAGUCGAACAUGCGGAUCUUCUACUCGCAGCCGGAUAAGGAGAAUGUCAAGAAUCCUGAGCCAGGAACUGUUGUGGACGAUCCGGCAAUAUGUCCUGGCCCAGUACCUAAUUUCUAUUUGGUCAGCCAGGCGAUUACCAAGGGCAGUGCAGUCCCAGCACACUUCUCCGUCCUGAUCAACUCGGCAAGGCUGCCUCUGGAACUGAUUGAGAACUUAACAAACCGCCUGUGCCUGAUGUACUAUAAUGUCCCAAAUGCCGUCCGAGUUCCUGCGCCGGUCCUGUAUGCCACGAAGAUCGCGUUCUUUUGUGGCACUGUGACCAAGAAGCCGCCGAAACCGCGCCUACAGAGAACCCUCUUCUUCUUGUGA